AUGCCGCAGCAAGCCGAAGAUAUUUUUAGAAUCGUUCAUUGAACGUCACUUUAGUCACGUGACACUGUCAUUGCCGGAUAUCUCCGAAGAUCGAGAAAUGGAGGCUUUCGAUCGUUGCGCAGAGGCUAGUGGUGGGAUAAAAUCCCUUGCUUGUGUGUAGAAGAGCAUUCUUCUUGGAUUAGUAGAAUAGCUGGUUGUUCGUUCAUCAGUGCUGUUGUAGUAAUAAACAAGGAGUAAAUCAUGGCUACAACAGAUUGCUCUGUCGCCAGUAGUACAGCUCCCUCUGACAAUAACAACGUGAAAUCAGUAUCAGAUAUGUCGACGACGGUGCAAUCCCCCACGUCGCCCAAAGCCCCUGUGCAGUUGGGUCCAAAACACAAACUCAUAACCGAAGCUGAUGUUCAAGUAUGUCGUCUGAACCAUACUCGAACUAUUGUGAGCAAAAUUAUGAACUCAAGAUACCUCCGGCGAUGGGAAAGUCACAGAAUUGUUCUGGAUCAUAAUGAAGUCAGAUCUACUACGCCGACGGGCUUCAUGGAGCUGGCUGUGCCGUACUCCAGUAUAGAGGACGUCCACAUCGUGUCCCGGUGGGACGCCGGGCAGAAGUUUUGUCUACGCAUCACAAUUCCAGAUGGCUCUGUGUUGUUACAGGCCAACAACGCAUACAUCCGAGACCAGUGGCUUCAUUCCAUACAGUGGAAGCGGCACAUCUUUAGAUCGGAAAGACUCCUCAAAAACGCACGGAGGCCUGAGAUUUUAGUCAAAGAAAUCAAGAGCAUGAUCGACGUCUCGCUGGUCACGCCCAUCCAAGACAGCUCGGUGUUCCGGUUUCCGCUGGACCUGGUCUCAGACUUGUUGCAAGACAAUGACGAGUUCUUGAGCAAAGAGUUCCAGGAAACCAUCAUCGUCGCCCUUACACCUUUACUAGAAAAGAACCAUCCCACCCAAGAGAUCUGUGAUUUUUUUAGCAAGCACUGCAAGGAUAGUCCGCGCUCAACGCUUGUUAUCGAGCUCUUCACCCCCGUUGUGCAUCGCAUUCUCAAACAUAACACG